UCCACACGGCUCGUCCUUGCGGGGCGCGCAAGGAUUCUGACAGUUGCUCGCACACCCACACCGUAACACGCAGCUGUCAGUUUCGCACGCGAGUGUGUGUCGUCCUGUGAGUGCGUGAUCGGGAGUGAGUGGCUAUUGGAAAAUUUGCAAAAUAUUGUCGUCCUUUCGCAGCGAGCAGGGAACUCCGCGGAUGUUUGUAGUGUGUCGUAGUCAGGAAGAGACACUCUGUUUUUUCCUCGUCGCGGUCGUGUCGGGAAUAAAAAGAAGUAGGAAGUAGAAUUCUUUUCGGUAGUGGCGCUAGGACGGAAAAUUAAACACGGGUCGUGAGCUGGUGCGGUGAAAAACGCGGAAAAUCUUCAGCCUUUGAAGAUUUUCACGGCGGAAAUCUUGGUGGAGUUGUGUUCUGGGUUGGGUUUUGUUAGGGGAGUAGUGAACGGUGUUCUACACACGGAAAAUGUCUACGAUUAGUGAGCAGAACUGUGAUGUGCACCUGCAGGCCGAGAUCGAGGUGCUGAAGAACGCCCUGGCCGACAAGCACUCCCAGCUGGUGGCCAUGGAGAAUGCCUGCCUGGUGGAGAGUGACCGCCAGGUCGAGCUCGAGGACAGCAUCAUCGCGUGGCAGGACAAGUACGAGCGGCUGUACGAGUCGCACAAGCGCGUCCAGAAGGUGAACCAGAACUUGGAGGACAAGCUGCUGAAGCUGGUGGACCGCAACGCUGGCGAGCGGGCCCAGCUGACCAGCGAUGUGGCCACGCUCAGUGUGCGGCUGGCGCAGGCCAACUACAACGUCCAGAGUCUGAAGCGGGAGAUUGAACGCUACAAGACCGACAUGAGUGUCGCAAUCCAGCUGCUGCAGUGCAAACCGGACAGCUUCGUUUCGCCAAAGCUUUCGUCGCUUCCGAUCGAGAUCCAGUCGAAGGUCGCCACGUACAUGCGGCUCGACACCAACUCCCACUCGGACUCGGAGGGCAGCACCAGCGGCGUCGGGGUGGCCACGGCCAGCUCCUACCACGUGCUGCCCGCCUCGGACAGCCCGCCGCCGAUGUGCCCGUUCCCGCCCACCGCCAUGGUCUACUCGAUGCGGGGCAUUGGUAAGUACGGAAACCCACUUCCCUCACAGGACACCGGCGGAGGAGGAGGAUCAGGACCAGGACCAGGACUCGGACUCAAGCGCCAAUCCCAGCAGGACUCGAUUUCGCUGGCCGGACUCGGUGAAGGCCUGCUGAGUGGACGCCGCACGAGCCGUUCCGACCAGAAUGGGGUGGUGUCCCCCUCGGUGAUGGCCAAGUUCCUCGAGGAUGAGCUCAAGUCCAGCGAGGCACUGCUCAACUCGCCGGUGAAGCACUGUGACACGUGUGUUUGCACGAGGAGCGUGGGCUGUGGGUUGACCAGCGGGUCGCUGCUGUUGGCCGACCUGCUGGGCGAUGGCCAGAAGUACUACAACGUGGGGACGCAAACCGUCAUCAAGGGCGGCGAGACGAACAACUCGCUCUGUCUGAGGUGCAACAACAACCUGAACUCGCCGUCCCACAACAACAGCCCGUACAUCAUGAAGCUGAUCAAGUCCAGCGACAGUGUCAUCUCGGAGACGAAGAGCAGCGUGUCGGACUUUUUGACCACGCCGGACAAGAACUCGCCGAACGGCCUGGGUGUCACUUCCGCUCCACCCCCCAAGAAGGACGACCUGAUGGUGAAUCCGAUCCUGGGCCACCACCGGAUAGGCGAUCGCAGCACGAGCCUCAACUACAACAGCAGUACAUCACCACCUUCCGACCCACCAAUCGGAUUCGGCUCCGGAGUGAUCUCCAGAAUCGGCAACAAUCUUCCCACUGUAGGCAACGGAACCACCGCCACCACGAGCAACAACAACAACAAGACGCAACCUCUGAAGAAACCGCUGGAGCCGAUCAAGUCCAAGGUAUCAUCCACGACCUCCGUCGCCGCCACCAAGCCACCCACGAGCGGCGAAUCGCCGUCGUACAUCAUCAAGGACACGGACCAGAUCAGCCAGGGAGGAAGUCACGCCCUGCAGACGCCAUCUUCGGGAGCUGGAGGAGGCGGUCCGGCGACUGGAGUGGGGGGCGGUGGCGGCCCGAGCAAGUUUGCCGGCGGCAGCGUGGGCAGUGGGUUGUACCACGCGGUCGGCAGUACCAACAGCUUGUGGAGCCGAACGAGCAGUAGUCGGGCGGAGAAGGAGCGGGACGGGGCGAAGAUAUUCGAGACGUUCAACAGGAAUCUCAUCAAAACUAUUAAGGCUGAAAAUCCAAAAAUGUCCGGUCCCCGGAUCUGCGCGCUGCGCAUCCAGAACGGUUCCAGCAACAUCCUGCUGGACAGCUUGCAGGACGGUCCGGACGCGGACGCGGAUCCACUCGAGUUCAAGCUCCCGGGGAACGUCGGCGCGGGCAUCGCUCCAACUCCGGUGAUUUACACGCGACGGGCCAAGUUUCUCGACGAAGAACUGCUGCUGGACGAUGAUCCGUCAAUUGGGUUGAACGGCGCCAUCAAGACGACUAGCUUGCCAACGGCCAGUGCAGGAGUUGGUGAUGGGAAGCAGCAGCAGCAGCAGGUUGGUGGUGCGAGAAACCCGGGUGUGGGGCAGGUUGGACCGGAUCGGAAGGACGUGUGCCAGAUGAGUACGACGACUUCGCCGCACUCGUCAGAUCGGCUGUGUACGAUCGGGGAGGAGGUCAACAAUUUGCUGUUGAACACGAAGAGCACUGCGAACAAUGUGGGUGGAGUUGGCAAGCCAAGGUUAGACAUUAACGUAAACAAGCUGGAGGGCAUCGAGAUGAACUCGAAGAAGUCGUGCACGCAGUCCAGUUCGAUUUCGAGUGAGAUCGACAUCCAGGAGAGUGCCAUGCUGAGGCGGCAGCAGCUGUCCCGGGUCGCGGAAUGGGUCCAGAACAACUCCAAGCUGAGCCAUCCGGAGAACCUGAGCAACACGGAGUCCGACAUUGAGAACUUGACGCUUGCUUCUGCCGCUUCGCUCACCCUAGUCGAUAGUUUGAACAAUAAUAACGCGUUAAGUAGUGGCCUCGCGGCGGUUGAUCCCGGCAGUGACACUAAACUGAUAGCUAGUGAUAUUAAAAUAAGCCAUAGUAUUAGUAACAACAACAGCAGUAGCAUUGUCAACAACAACCACAUCACCAACAACAACAACACCUUUGCUCAAGCCAACAUCCCAGCGCCCGGCGUGUCCGCCGUCGGUUCCCGAGGUCACAGCCACACUAGUCUUAAGGCCGCCAUCGCCAGCAAUACCGCCCAGCUGGACUACAACAGCAACAGCCAUGGUCCGCUCCCGCUGUACCAUCCCGCCCACCAUCUCCACCUGCAAUCCGACGACCAGAGCUGCGGCGUUGACCUGGCCCAGAUGGAGUACAACGUGAAGCAGUUCCUGCUCAAGCAGAACGAGUGGUCCGCCAUCUCGAGGCGACUGUCCUCGUCGACCGCGUCGGGGACGAUCGAUCCCCAGCAGCUUGGUCCGCCGUCGCCGGUGGUCAUCGUCAAGGAGCCUCCGGUGGUGAAGAAGGCGAGCGGUAGAACCGGUGGGGGUAGUUUCCCCGGGAUGGCGGUGGCGCAGAACGCGAUGGGGACGUCGCAGUUCCACAAUAAUAGUAGCAAGUACGCCAUCAACCCGCACCGGACGGAGACAAAUCUGUAAGAAGUGGGGUGUUGGGGGUAAAAAGGUAGAAGGAGAAAUGAUGGCUUUGAAACUGCAGGACUAGGCAGGAAUAUCGAGUGUGAUGCUUUGUGUCGGACAGUAAUUUUGUAAUGUUUUGAUAUCAUGCAUUAAGACUUCAGCAAGACUAUUUAUAAGUGUGAUUUUAAUUGAACUUUUCGCCGCUCAUUACAGUGCUGAUUUGAGUGGAUGUACUUACUAGGAUGGUUAAAAAACUGGCUCAAUCUGGGCUACCCCCUGAAAACAAAGAUUGACCCAUUAUUAGGCUAAAUUUCUGAAUUUAAGCUCAUUCUAACCACGGGAACCUAUCCCUCUAAUCUCGUGAAGUUUGUAUGGGAAAAAUGGAGAAAAACAACUGUUCUGUAUUUACUUGUGAAAAGCGCAAUAAUUAUCGUAUGGCAUUGCUUUUUAUAGUAGUUGCUUUUUUGAACAUUUUACAUUUUAGGCCAAUUUUGAUAUAUAUGGGUCAUUCCAACCAAGCGGCACCCGAAAUUUGUUGAUACCACUAAAAAAGCCAAAAGCUCGAUUUUCAUAUAAAUUGGCCUACAUUUUUCGCACCACGAGGGCUCGGGAACAGUUAACAGUUUAUGAAACAGUUGACAGAACUCGUCUGACUUCGAUACCUCGCUCUCACUAACACACAUCCGAACGAAUGAGCUCAACCCAAAAGAAAAAAAAACACUCACACAGUUAUCUGGCUCUCUCCACCUCUUUCAAUCGCGCAGAGCUCGUUCGUUUGAAUUAUACCAUAAUUCCAAUCACUUGACCCAUGACUGCAUUCAAUUGGUUGCUGUCACCACACUUACUCGCACAAGCAAGAAAAAGAUAGGAAAAGAGAGAAAGAGAAAAAGAUGUGUCGUUUUCGCGCCCGGCUGAUUGAGCGUUGAGCUCAGCAUUCAAUCGUGUCAAUUUCGUGUUUAUCAACCGACGGUCGCAUCGGCGAUCAUGACCUGCGCUGUCAGCAGGGUUGCCACCAAGUAUUAAGUAAAACAUAGCUCUUUAUAGUUUUUUGUUGAACAAUUGCUGCACAAGCGUUUUUAUUCGUUAAUUAUUGAACAAGUGUCAUAAAAUUUGGUCAAUUGUUCUCAUAUUGAUCAAAAAACCAUUACACAGUGUUCGGAAUGGCAAAAUUAAGUGGAAUAAAUUGAUAACUCCUUUAUUUGACGUCCUAGCCAAAUUGUGUCUUCGGAAGAGUUGUUGUACUUGGUAAGGGCUAUCUUUUGAAGCUAUUGACAUACAGGGUGACGACCUUCCAGGGUGUCAACCCAAAACUAACUUUGUUGGAUGACGUUGUAAGGCUUUGGUGUCUUCUGCAAAGUUGUAGAGGGGAAAAUUUCAUGAAAGUUUGUCGAAGGCGCCAAAUUUGUAGCUCUUAAUCUACUCGAGAUUUACGCCAUUUUUGCAAAAAUGGUCCAAAAAUGCACUUUUUUGGUGAUAACUCAAAAUGUUAGCAUUUUAGCGGCCUACUAUGUUCUGAAGAGUUGUUUAUGACAUAAAAUUACACAUCUUUGCCGAAGACAGCAACAUGUUUUGAGCUUUUAUUGUGGAGUGAUAACCAUUUUUAAGUGAUUUUGAGCCUAUUUUCAAGUUGCUAUGUUUUCAAAAUGGCGCAUUUUGGCGCAAAACCGAACAAUGCACCUGAAAAUACACACUUUCAACUACAUUUCCUGAAAAUAUCUCCGUGUCUAUCGGUGUCUAUUUUAAGAUAGCUCAAUUUGAAUUUGAUGGUUUUUAAUCAAUUUAUUUAUAAUUUUUAAGCAGAAUCUUAUUGAAAACAUUGUAAUAAUCGGUAAAUUGAAGGGUAAAUUCAUCGAUUUUUAUGAAAAAUACAUUAUUUAUGCUUAAAAUUAUGACAACCCUUCUAAAGUUACCAAAUGUAAAAGGAAAUACUUAAUUUUAAAUACGAACAAUUAUUUAAAAUUCCAGCUUACGUAUUUUUUGGGGCUAAACAUGUUUUUAUUAAUAAUUUUAGAAUGUGUGUCAUAAUUUUAAGCAUAAAUAAUGUAUUUUUCAUAAAAAUCGUUGAAUUUACCCUUCAAUUUACCGAUUAUUACAAUGUUUUCAAUAAGAUUCCGCUUAAAAAUUAUAAAUAAAUUGAUUAAAAACCAUCAAAUUCAAAUUGAGAUAUCUUAAAAUAGACACCGAUAGACACGGAGAUAUUUUCAGGAAAUGUAGUUGAAAGUGUGUACUUUCAGGUGCAUUGUUCGGUUUUGCGCCAAAAUGCGCCAUUUUGAAAACAUAGCAACUUGAAAAUAGGCUCAAAAUCACUUAAAAAUGGUUAUAACUCCACAAUAAAAGCUCAAAACAUGUUGCUGUCUUCGGCAAAGAUGUGUAAUUUUAUGUCAUAAACAACUCUUCAGAACAUAGAAGGCCGCUAAAAUGCUAACAUUUUGAGUUAUCACCAAAAAAGUGCAUUUUUGGACCAUUUUUGCAAAAAUGGCGUAUAUCUCGAGUAGAUUAAGAGCUACAAAUUUGGCGCCUUCGACAAACUUUCAUGAAAUUUUCCCCUCUACAACUUUGCCGAAGACACCAAAGCCUUACAACGUCAUCCAACAAAGUUAGUUUUGGGUUGACACCCUGGAAGGUCGUCACCCUGUAUGUCAACAGCUUCAAAAGAUAGCCCUUACCAAGUACAACAACUCUUCCGAAGACACAAUUUGACUAGGACGUCAAAUAAAGGAGUUAUCAAUUUAUUCCACUUAAUUUUGCCAUUCCGAACACUGUGCAUUGUUCAACAUGGUUGUGUAACACAAAUGCCAAAUAUAGCAAUGUAUGACUUGUAGAACUAACAUAAACCAGCAUUCAAGAGAUUUCAGGGACGUUGGGAAAACAUAGUAAAUGAUUUCAACAAUCAUUUCGAAAUCUCUUGGCGAACACAGUGCACUACUUAGGCAGGAUGCCAGGUAAAUCUGGGAUUGGCAGAUUUUUCAAAUGUCAGUCAGAAUAAAUAUUAAUCAUCAUCUGUGCCAGAUUAAGACAGAUUUUGACAGAUUUUAGAAUUUUGCUAUUUAAAAACAACUUUUAACUUUUUUGAUGUCAAAUAAUCAAUUAAAUCAUCUAAAUUCUACAAACUUUUAAAUUAAAUUAAAAUCCACAGUACACCAAGAAGAUCAGGCCUUGAAAUUGCCGCAAAAAUGACCGUUUUUGUUACAUUUUAAUUCAUAUAUUUUGAGCAGUGUUGCAAAUGUUGUUGUUUAAUUUAAUAACGUGACUACCAUAAUAUGGUCAUUCGUCACUUAUGUGUUGCAAAUGAGUGACAGAAAAAAAAACUAUCUUGAAUCAUUUCUGCACCAAAAUAUCAAAGAGUAACAUGUGAGAACUCUACCUUUGUCUCGUAAUUCCCAGGGAGAGCAUUCUCUAUCAAUAUCACUUCUGUUCUUUUCCUUGGCCACAUUCUCUCGACGCUGAGUGUUCCGUUCUCUCAAAAAAUCGCAAUAAAAGAACGUGAGAGCGAGAUUUGGAACUGACCACGCAUUACGUCCCACAAAAACUGUUGCUGGAGAAAAUGGUUUUGUGGUGGCUUUUGUGGUUGAACACUGUUCAGAGAGGAUGAUUGUGAAUGUGGGAUUGAGAGAGCGAGAUGGAGUUUGUCAAUUGCGAGUGGUGCUGAAACAAAACAGAAAGAAGAGCAGUCAUAUUAUUAUUGUUUUCAUUGAGAUCUUUUCAAACACGCACGAAGCAAAAUGUUCAUCGUUCGGCCAAAACGUUCACCGUUUGUGCAAAACGAGAGAGAAUUGAGGGAAAAAAUUCCAUUUCCGGUCUCUUUUCGCUCAAUUCUCUCCCAUUUUUCGUCGAUUUCCUUAAUUUUCUUGACAUUCGCGUAGUUGAAAUUUAGCCAAAUUUAAUCUGAGUCAUUAUAAACAAAGAAAGUACUUGUCAAAUGCGAAGCAUCACUCUUACUCCUGCAAUAAAAAAACAACUGUUACAAUUUCAUGAAUGUAUCCAUUUUUCUGGUGUUGUAUCUUGAGUUUCAAAAAGUCAUCAAUUUAUAUAUUUUAGUUCUAAACAAAGUUCGUCUACGUUAGGAAGCCAAAAUUCGAGUCCCAUUAUACAACUCAUAGCUAGUCAAUGUUAAACAAAGAAAAAAAAUAAGCAUAAACCAAACAAGACGUAUCAUAAAUUCCCUUGAAAAGCUGGGUAAAGAAAAAGCAAAAAACUGGUGUAGUUUGAUAAGCAAAAUAUUGAAAACAAAAAAAUGCUGGGAAAUCUCCAUUCACAUUCGGUGUUCAGUUCUACGAUUAAGCGUUUACGGUGAGAGGUACCAAUCUGUAUUUAUGUUUCCCAAAAAAAGCAAAACCGACACACAUUGUCGUCACACGUAUAGGUACAUUUAAAGUGCUCAUCAUCCAAAUUAAAUCCUUAAAAAUGCUAAGCCAAGUUGAGCGUCGUGUAGAACCGCGAACAGACUCGCAUUGAUUGCCUUUAGUGUGGAAGGAAUAAAGCAACAACUCAAAUGUUAAACAUUACUGCAAGAAGAAAAAUGAAACAAAAAUGUACCAAAAUAAAUCAUCCAAUUCCAAGUGUGACCCAGCAGCUGGCAAAAUAAAAUAAAAUGGAGAAAGCAACUAUUUAGACAACUAGAAUUUACUAGAAGCAAAGUGCAUUUUUUGUGUCAUAUUGGAGAAUGCCUUGCCCGAAUCGAUGAUAAGUAUGUGUGUAAAUCAGAAAAAUAUGCUUGAAAGGUGCAACUGUGCUAAAACAAGUGUAGAAACUUACAGAACUUGCUUAAAUCGCAAAAAAGGAUAAAAGCUAACUGAGGUCAGAAAGGGGAGAAAUAAAAGCUGUACUAGACUAGACCAUUGACUUGAUCCUAAAUCAAGUUGUGCGCUGUACUGUUAUGUAAAUCAUGGGUGGGGAAAAAUCACAAUAUCAAACCGUUUCUCAUUCAUUUAGUUUCCGCGCAAAAACUAUUAAACUCUAUCCAACGUACUAUACUGAUUAGUGAAGAAACGAAAACGUACUAUUAUUCAUCUACUAGUUAUACUAUCCAAUGUGUGAGGCUUAUUUUGAACGGGAUUAGUUACAAAUGCUACGAGUGAAACUGAUGUUGAUGAUAUUUUACAGAUAAAUCUUAGUAAAGAAAUGCUUAAAACAAGGAAUCAAGGACUAAUCAAAACCAUGUUGUUAUUCUGCACACAAACAAACAAAACACACACAAAACUCCACUCUGUAUACCUACUUUACGAUAAGCUUUUGUUCAAAUAUAUACUUCUUGAAGCUAUUGCUUUGGCGCUAUCCGCACAAUAUAUUCGCACCUAAAUAUAUUAACAUUUAACAAAACACAUCUACUACAUUGUAUAUUACUCAUGAAACGCUUCAGUGAAUCAAAUCACACAAAACUAUCUUUUACAAGUUUUUACGUUAAUCGUUCACUAAAGAUUCAAAAUCUAAGCUGCAUCUGGAGAAUUUGAAAGAAAUUCAAUACUUUGUUCAUUUGGUUAAAUUAAAUUUCCAUUUUUUCCCAAUUUCUUUUAUUUAGAUAAAUUUAGAGUUUGAGGCUUGAAAUGAAAGGAUAAAAUUGAGAGGUAUUAAGGGCAAACUUUUGUUGUAAAAACAUACUCAAAAUAAACCGUGAUUUGCUGAAUCAAAUCAUUAUGGUUUUCCCCAAUUAUGUUUUAAAAUGUUUACGAAACGUCGAGUUGUCUAACAAAUAAUAUCACUCUGUAAGUUUUGACAAAAAAAUGUGUUAAUUCAGAUUUUCACCGGUUUCCAGAAGUUUUUGAACAUGGGAAAUCAUCAUCUCUCUCAAAGUUUAUUGUUGGGUAAAUUUGUUUUGUUAGUAUUAUAAAUAUAACAAUUGAUAACCUGAAGUAAACCCAACAAAAUUACCCAAAAUAUCCUGUUAAAAUCAAACCGACAGUAAACUAAAAUUUUCGAAUUAGCAAAUAAGCAAUUCUCUACGAAAAAGGUCUUUUUUUUUAUUUUAAUUUUUGUAUUUUUUAAAUUGGCUGAAACUUUAUUGGUGCCUUCGGUGUUCCAAAAGAAUCCAUUUUGCAUCAUAAAUUUGUCCAUAUAAUUUUCCAUACAAAUUUGGUAGAUGUCCAUACAAAAAUGAUACAUGAAAAUUCUUCUUUUGAAGGAAUUUUUUGAUCGAUUUGGUGGUGGUAGGUAUGGAUAAGGACUACACUGAAAAAAUGAUACACGGUAAAAAAAUGGUGAUUUUUAAUUUAACUUUUUGUCACUAAAACUUUAUUUGAAAAAAACACUUUUUUAAAUUUUAUUCAUUAUCUGAUAUGUUUUAGGUGACAUCAAAUGCAAACUUUUCAGACAUUUACAGAAUAAGCAAAAAAUCUUUGACCGAGUUAUAAGUUUUUGAAUCAAUAAUGAUUUGAAAAAAAUCGAAAUAUAUAUCGCAAAAAUUUUUCAACUUCAUUUUUAGAUGUAAAAUCGAAUUUGCAAUAAAAAAGUACUUCAGUGAAUUUUUGAUAAAGUGCACCGUUUUCAAGUAAUAACCAUUUUUAGGUAACAUUUAUGAAAAUAGUCGCAGUUUUUCUUUUUUUUUUAUUAGUGCCCAUAUUUCCCCACCUUGAAAAAAAAUAUUUUUGAAAAGCUGAGAAAAUUCUCCUUAUUUUGCUUUCUUCAAUUUUGUUGAUACGACCCUUAGUUGCUGAGAUAUUGCCAUGCAAAGGUUUAAAAACAGGAAAAUUGAUGUUUUCUAAGUCUCACCCAAACAACCCACAAUUUUCUAAUGUCGAUAUCUCAGCAACUAAUGUCCGAUUUUCAAUGUUAAACUAUGAAACAUUCGUGAAAUUUUCUGAUCUUUUCGAAGAAAAUAUUUUCAAUUUUAUAAAAAUUGAAUCAAACAUUUUUCUAUCACUUCUCCUCUAGGACAAACUGUUUACAUCGUUAAAUUUUGCACUGAAGGCCUAAAUGACGGCACUUUUUGGCUAUAAUUUUGAAAUAUUCAAAAUCCUUGGGAAAUUCCAAUUAUGUUUGAGGUAUUGGAGUUGUAAAUUUGAUUGCAAAAAAUGCAAUUUAGAAUGAAAUAUCCGGAGAAUCUCAGAACGACCUCUUGAACAAACCGAGCAAAAUCUAAAAAAAAAAUGCUUUUUAAAUUUAGUUCAAUACAGAGCUUUCUAGAAUGAUAAUCAUAUUUGAAAAAAAAAUAGUUUGUUUAUACUUCUCUAUGACUCAAAAGAUGAUUCUUUUGGUUCUCGAAAACAUCUUUAAAAAAAUUACAGGUUUUUUUUUUAAAUGAGUAGCCAUUUCACAGCGAAUUUUUAAAUUUUUAAUUUAAAAAAAACCUCCAUAAAUUGAACUUUUCAAUAUACAGCAAUUCCCCACGAAAACAGCAUGAUUCGAAAACAAAGUUCUCCGAUCGGGGUCAAAUUUUUUCUGGAGGUUCCUUGACCGAAAUAAUUAGACCCGUAUUUUUUUUGGCCAUUAGGGUGACCUACGCCGUGUUAGGGUGGUCCGAAAAAUGGCAAUUUUCGUCGAUUUUCGCAAAAAAACACUUUUUUUUUUUAUUUUUCGAUUUUUCCCCGUUUUUGUCAUUUUUCCAUUUCUGCGCGUGGCGCGUCAAAAAACCCAGUUUUUAUUUUCAAAAAAUCGUAUCUCAGAGUAUUAAAAACAUAACUUCACCAUAUUUUGAUAUAUUAUGUAAAAUUUUCCGAGAAAUCUGAUAAAAAUAUUUUCAGACACAAGCUCUUUGUUCCCGAGACCUUCAAAACUGCAUUUUAAGUUUUCAUACGACCUUUUUAUAUGUUAAGCUAGAUUUUUGAAACUUCUUACUAUUUUUCCCAAAAAAACCAAACUAAUCACCUUUCUUUUGCGUCUAGGACAGCUUAAGUCAGAUGAAAUGGCGCGGAGAUAUGAUUUUUUGAAAAAAAGUGUUUUUUGCGAAAAUCGACGAAAAUUGCCAUUUUUCGGACCACCCUAACACGGCGUAGGUCACCCUAAUGGCCAAAAAAAUACGGGUCUAAUUAUUUCGGUCAAGGAACCUUAAAAAAAAUUGAGCCCGAACGGAGAACUUUUUUUCGAAUCAUGAUGGUUUCGUGGGGAAUUGCUGCAUAAUAAUAUUUUUUAAUUAAAUUCAUAGGGAUUUGAAUAACAUAAUAAAUUGAAAUCCAAUGGCCCAACUCUCCCUGUUAGCAUAAAUGUCCCAAAUGCAUUUUAAUCACUUUUGAGUUAACGAUGCAGGUUGACUCAAAAUCAAGGGUCCUAUAAACACAAUAGCUUAUAGGACCUUUUCAAAAAUAAGAAGAGAAAAGCUAAGGAUAUCCAGUACUUUUUUCUUCUCAGUUUACUUUUUUUCAUACGUGCCAUUAAUGGGAACAUGGGCUACUGCCCACUCUAUCUACAUUUUGUUUUCGCCAAUUUGUCUUGUAAGGCGUAUUGUCGUUCUUUUUCGAGUAAAUUGAAAUGUUUGUUUUUAUUUAUUUUAUCGCAGAAUCAUUUAUUUCAGUCUAGUAAAUAAAAAAUAAUAAUUAAAAAAUCACCCAAAUGUUGAAACGACAUAUUAUUGAAACUGCUGACGAGCAAUACUUUCCAGAUAUUUUUCAAUUUGGUCAAUUCUAAACGAAUCAUCUUGAUUUUUUUUCUCUUGUGCGCUCAAUAUCAAAUUCCACGCAUGUAAGCUUAAAUUUUGAAUCUUCACUUCAUCACUACUUCUCAACUUUCGUUCCUACAUCCAAACAUCACUGUGCGUAAAAAGACCGAAAAUAUUCCAUCAAUUAGUGAUCGACAGACAAGCGCGCCAUUAGGAAACAACAAAAAAAAAAACCAUUAUCUGUGCUCAUCCUCGCCAAAUGUAUCCCUCUCUAAUGGCAUAUCCUGCUGAAACGCAAGCAAAACAAACAGCAACAACAACAACAAAUGAACUACAAGAACAUGAUCCAUCAGAGAAACUGAUAAGAAAUUCCAGGUAAAAUGAACAUAGAAAACAUUUUUUGUUGCUUUUUGGUUCAAAACAAUGCUGGCUAAAGGCAGGAAUUUCGAAAGAUAAGCUACUCAUCCCAGUCCUACGGGUGGGGAAUGAAUCACAAAACAAAAAAAAAGUAAUGACAGUUCCAUGCUGGGCGGAAAUUGCAGUCGUAUAUUUUUGGUUCAUGCUUUGAUUGAGGAAAUUGGUGGGUUAUUUUUUGCUCUUUUUUGCUGAUCCGGUAAGGGUUGAACGCUUGCCAAGUCAAACUAAGAGUAAUAAUUUUCCAAUAAGCUGCAAUCGCUUUGAACUUAAACUUAACUUAAAAAAUGGGAUGAAAAAUCCGCGCAAGACGAAUGUAUAAUUCGAUGUAACAAAAUCUGUAUUAUUUUUUCAGUGUAAGGAACAAAAACAAAAGUAUAAACAAAACCAUAUAUAUUGAAGCAAACAGAAUAAAUGUGUUUUAAAAAUAAACCA